AGCACGGCACCCACUGCCUCGCUGACAUCUGACAGCACGUGGGUCAGCUGCCGCGCGGGUGCCGAGAGUGAUAUACGAGACACUUCGCUUCGGACGGGAAGAAAUGGCUGCAGCUGCGACGUACCACGUAGCCGUCCUGGCUCUGGCUUUGCUGGCGGCACCUUCGCUGUCUCAGAAAGCUGGCCUGGGCCCUUGUCCGGAGGUCGACGUCAUGCCCAAUUUCAACGUGUCUGCCUACCUGGGAAAAUGGUACGAGCAGUACCGUUACUUCGCCAUCUUCGAAGGACAAGGCGACUGUGUCACGGCUACGUACUCUGGCAACGGGGACGGUGUUGUCACCGUCGAGAAUUCCGCGAAUAAUCCAAACACUGGCAUCACGGAAACAAUCAAGGGAACGGCGAACCUGGCGAGUGACGGGAGCGACGGCCGGCUGCUCGUGUCUUUUCCUCUCACAGGUUCUCUCAAGGCGCCCUACUGGAUUCUGGACACGGACUACGACAGCUACUCCGUAGUAUGGUCGUGUAGCAGCCUCGCAAACAUCGCUAACGCACAAUUCUCAUGGCUGCUCACAAGAGACAAGAAUCCCAGCAGUGAAACAAUCCAACGGAUGUUCUCAGUUUUAGACAAAAACAACCUGGAAACAAAGUCUUACAUCAAAACAAACCAAAACUGUAACAAUUAGCUGUCGACCAACCAACUCUAGAUCGACCGUUUGAAACUAUCUUAAUAGCCACUGCAAUCAUAUUUUUAUGUCUCUUACAAAAUAUUGCUACAAUAACACUUUUCGAUGUAAAAUAAGUAUUCAUAAGAGAUGUAUUCCUUGAAAUAAAUCAAAUUAAUGUCUUCGUUUGUUAUAUAGAAUUGUAGUUGACACUGAUUUAGUUUUAGCAAAAAUUUUCAAAGCAUCCAAUAUAUUUCUACUUUCUAUGUUCAGAGUGGUGGUGAGCAAGUAAACGUAAGUGCAUGACCGCUUUAUGGCCUCACACCGAGUGAAUAUUUGUAUUUUGAAAAGUGAAAAAUCGAAAAAUUGUGGACAGUGUUAAAGUUAUACAUAGUAAGCGAGUCAUGAAUUGGUGAUUGUUUUUAUCUGGACUGAUUGUUUUAACAACUGUAUCUCAUCACCUCCGGCAACUACGUUUCAUCUGUAGCUAAGGAAAAUAAAAGAAACUCAUAGAUCGUAA